AUGGAGAACGUCAAUGUCGCCGAAUUGGUGGAGCGCCUGGGCAGCGAUGAAGAUGCCGUCCGCAAAAUGGCCGUCUUCAAGCUGCAAGGCAAUAUUGGCGAUCCCUCCUUCGCCGACCUAUUCAUUGCGGAGGGAGGACUGACUCGAUUGCGAUACCUCACCCUGCACGCCAGUGGGAAUACUCUUGCUUACAGCUUGACGAGUUUUUCCAGAUUGCUGGACGUUGAUAAAGGCUGGGAAUGCGUGGAUGUGGAAUUGGUCGAAAGGGUGAUCAACAUCCUCCGCGGCGCAAUGUCAAUCUGCGUCUCAGUCGUCUCCCACCCCCACGCCGGAGGUCGCAACUCGCCCCAACCAGAUAUGUUCGGCUUCCGCGCCUUGAAACCCGCCAUCGCGAUCUAUCCCCAAUUCCUAGAAAUGCUCGUCAGCCGGCUGUCCUCCGCUGACCAUGCACUCUGCGCCAAUGCAUUGCAAUUGAUCAACUCCCUCAUGCGCGACUCUAUAACCUACGACUCCGAGGCCGAGUGGCCGAAGUUUAUACAGAGAUUGCAGGAUCUUGGGGUGAUCCGCGCGGUCUAUGAUCUUAUGCAGGACUCUGCGUUGCAGGAUUUGGCGCAUCCGUUGCUGGAGUUUCAGUCUCUUACUAAGGUUCUCCUUAGGAAGUGGAAGGAGAUUCCCCUGAAUCAGGAGAAACCUGAGCAUAGGCGAGCAUUGAAGGGGAUUCAUUUGGCCAGUAAUCAGAAAGGAUCGGAAGAGGUUCUCGAGAAGGAGAAGGAGAAGGAAAAAGAGGGUGCCGACAACGCCAAACGUUCCAAACGCCACCAUCCCGAGAAAUGGCGCAGACUGGGCUUCGAAUCAGAGAGUCCGGCCACAGAAUUCUACGGCGUCGGCUUUCUGGCCAUGAUGGAUUUGGCAGACUAUGUCCGCAGCCACCAGGAUGAAUUUCAAAAAAUGCUCCUAGAGCAAUCGACCAAACCCUCGCGCCAACGCUGUCCCAUCGCACGCGCCAGUCUGGCCGUGACGUCCAUCCUGUACGAGCAUUUCGAAGUCGAUAAGUCUGAAAUGGACGAUUCGAAGAAUUACAUGCUUCUCGAUUCGCGAUCCAGUGUCGAUAGACUAUUCAGACCGUUACUAUUACACUGGACCCGUCUGCAUGUUGCGGGAUUACAAGCGUUUUUCCGAAUGUGGAAGGCUACUGCUGCGGAGAUAGAUGAUCUGGAUAAACUCAUUGAGCUUGUUCGUAUUCUAAUCGAGUCUGUUGUCGGUGGCGCGAGUCGGACAAAAGAUGUCCAGGAUGUGGAGGAUGAACUGGCUAAUUAUGAGUAUGCGCGUUUGCGAGAGUUGCAGAUGGAGCUGCUUGAGCUUACGUAUGAGGAUGCGUGGGGCCAGCAUUUGCGGCAGGUUAGGGAGGAAUUGCAUCAUGAGGCGUUGCAGUUUGUUAAGGAGCAGAGGAGUAGGUGUUUGCUUGCUGGGGCGUGGUUUGCGAUUGAGAAGGAUGGUGCGAAUAGUGGGGUCAGGUCGAAUGCUACGCAUCAGUAUGUGCAGCUUUCGCAUAACCGGCGCUAUUUGCAUUUUGGCGAGUUUAGUGAUUUGGGGGAUCGCGCGCCGGAGUUGGAUGUUCUUCCGGAGAAGAUUGAUUUAUCUACCGUCUCUUCGGUUGUAUCGAAUAUCUCUGCGCCGGAUCAUACAUCGACGUCAACGGUUAAAACAGCUCCCCGCGCCGCGACAAAGAUUACAAUUCACGGCUACGCCCCCUCCAACCACGGCGGCCAAUCCAAACACCACCGCACAGCCUCCACGCAAAAGGAAAUCGUCCUCCUCACACUUCGACCGUCUUCACACAGCGAGGCUUCGGAAUGGUUGGACGGACUACUGAUGCUGCUCAAUCAACAACCUAUUACAGCCGAGACGACCAAGUUAAUUGAUCUGGUUGGUAAUUACGGGCUGAAGAUUCGUCUUUUGAAUGUUAGGUUUGAUGAUGCCACGUUUGCUGGGGAGGCGCCGCCAGUUCCGGGGAGGGAUGGCUUGGAUGAGGAUUAUUAUUAUGAUGUUUUUGGCGGGGUUUGA